AUGAGUUCUAAUAUUAUCCUUGGCGAGACGGGCUAUUAUCGAUCGGCCUGCGUGGAGUGUCAGCGUAGAAAGCAAAAGGCAAGUUCCGAUCGCAGUCUAAGCCCUGUCGCUCCUCCCACACCCACGUCCAUCUCAUCAAAUUUUCUUCAUCUCCGCACGCCAUCUGAGCCCCUUCUGUUGAGUCGGCCGGCACUACCUUGUAAUCGUGAAUGGCCCUGUGACAGUUGCCGUCGACGCAAGGUCCCUGACGGCUGUCGCUACAAUGAGACCUCUCUCGCCGGAAACUCUGCCGAUACCUCUUCGUCGAAGCAGACAGACGUUUUUCCUGACCAACCUUUCAACCACGGUAGUCUCAAUGGCAGCGAGGGCCAAGUACUCGAGGUGCUUGCCGAACGUGCCUUCAUCAACCUCGGCAUCGAUGCCACCGUCAAGGAAGAUGCCCCCCCAGAGCAAAAACAUGACAUGGUAAAUAUUGGCUCCUCCACGCAAUUUGAUCGCCUUAUCGAGCUGCUUCCCCCGCGGCGUUUGAUGGACGAGCUCAUCCAGCUCUUCAUCAACGACAUCAACUUUCACUACUACAUCAUAUACCCGCCCCUAUUUCUCCAAGAAUACCACAUUUGGUGGGAUCGUCGGGCCCACAGCAAACCCGUCUCUUUGCAAUACACCUGUCUGCUUGCCAUGCUUUGCUCAUGCACCAUUCAGCACGUUGCGGAUGAUUUGGAAACGGCAGUCACUGCACAGUAUGGAGAGCCUAUCCAUCUCGUCUCCGACAAGGUUCAUGCUGCCGUCCGCGAGCUGUCUGGUGUCAUUCCAGUCGGCCACUAUCACAUGAUGAAUGUCCAGCGCUUGAUCCAUUCCUGCUAUUGGUACAAGGCCGAAGCGAGAUUUGUUGAAGCAUGGCACGUUCUGAACCAGGCUAUACUCGAGGCUAAGGAGCUGGAGCUACACAUUGAGCCUAAACCGGACGCUGUGUCCGACUUUGAUCGUGAGAUGCGUCGACGUCUGUGGUGUAUCCUCGAUACCUGGGACUGGCAGAUAUCUUCCGGUCUCUCGCGCCCCAAGCUCAUCGAUCGUGGUGGCUGCACCGCCGAGCUGCCAGACCUUACUCUCGAGGGCUACGACCCUUCCCCAUUGGAGCACAUGAAGAUGCAGUCGCAGCUGACCCGUGAACUUGCUUCGCGUUUCGGCGCCCCUAAGAAUGUAAUUUCGACCCAGGAAGUUCAGGAAUACAAAGAGAUAAUCCUUGCCUGGGUUCGCCGCUACCCCAAAAUUUACGACUUUUACGACCCAGACACUUCCCGAGAUUCAGUACAUUCCUGGAUCUUUCCUCACAGAUUCUACCUCUACACCAUGGCUUGCUUGCUCAUCCUGAAUCCAAUUCGCCAUUACAUGGUCAAAUCAUAUACCAAAGACUCACCAGCUGAUGAGCUCAAGUGCCGCGCAGACGGCCUAUUCUUUUCUCUAAUUCUCAUCAAGACCCAGAGAAAGUGGGUUGAUAGAAUCAACGGCCGAGAUGGACGCCUGCACUUUAUCAUCUUCUCCAUCUUUGACACUGCUGCCAUAUUGUGCACUGCUCUGGUAAAGGAUCAUGCCAACACCAUUGAGAACAAAGAUGACAUCCUGCAUGCUAUUGCAGAGUCCACUGCUAUGCUCAAAGCCUUGAUCAACAUCUCCGAGACGGCCAAGAUGUCCCAUGACAUUUUGUACCGCCUCACAAAGAAACUGAAGAAGUCCAGCAUGUCAAAAGAGUCUGCUGAUGCUGGCCGAAAACGCGCAAAGCUAGCUCCUGUUCCGCCCUCUCAGUCUGCUCCCAUAACAGCCGCUGCAGCCACUAGCUAUACAAACCCACGCAACGCAGCACCCAAACCCAAGCAAGUGCCAUCAUCUGUGAGCCAGGACACUAAUGCUUCAUCGAACUCUGUUGUUGGCCACGCGUCUGCUCCCCAGACAACUCUGAAUAGCUAUAACGUUCCUCCGGCAAGAUUUGAUGCUCAACAUGUGCCUCGAGCCACCACAGACGCAUAUAGUGACCCUCAGGGUGUGGCUCCCUCUAUACCUGCGCACGUCAGUGCCUCCGCUGCAGCGCAUACAAUGAUCUAUCCCCCGCCUCGCCUUGACGCUUCGCGAGUGGCUCAUCAGCACAUGCCGCCGCACUUUACUGAGGUACAGAACACUCACGGUUUUACGCAACAGCAAGCACCACAUAUUCCCUCGGAUAUAGCCAGCACUAGCUUCUAUCAGCCAGUGCAGACCGGUAUGCAGUCGUCUGUGGAGCCGAGCAGACACCCGAACCAGUAUGACUCUGAACCAAACCACCCAACACAGCCAGCCAGCUACCCGCACGCGCAGCCACCACCGCUCGGUACCGGCAUCUUCAACAUGAAUCUUGCCGACGGUGUGCCUGCUAUUGCCAAUCUCUGGGAUGCCCCCGCUAUGCCAAUGACUCCCAUCAUUUCCUACUCCAUCAUGGGCCAUAAUGUGCCCGUCAACGUUGUGCCUCAGCCGCGUGAGCUCUUUAUUGGCCAGCAGCAGGAACACAUUGUACCCGAGCUGAACCUGCCCAAUCUGACAGAGGCAGAAAUUGGUGGCCUAGCUCCUCUAUGGAGUUGGCACUCGAGCAAUCUAUUCCCCGAUGACACGACUGACGGCCCUCCUGUAUAG